AUAUGGCCGCGUACACCACCGUUGUAUCAGUCGUCGAAGAGUACCGUGAUCGUAACCUUUAAUAUUAAUGUUUUGUUCGAAAAUCGAUCAUAGUUCCGGGAAGCCGGAAGUACAUACUCUUUUCCUCGGAGCGAUAUGACCUACAGAAGACGCAACGACGAAUCCUCUUGUCACCGCGGUCCGAAAACCGUUUCGUGAUACCUACAUAAUUGCGUCCAUACACACGCGUUAACAGCCAGGUUUGCAUGUGUGUGCAUAUAUGCCUGGUAAAUGUACAUAUGUGCGAAUUUGGUAAACAAACGGAACAAUCGUUCCGUAGCAUGUCAAUUCAUCGUGCCCUUCGACAUUCUGUCCUUGAGAAAGUAAGAGAUAGAUGCGUGGAAUCUUAACUGUAAGAAACCGGGAGUAAUACAUAGUACACACACACAUCGUCGAAAACAAUUCGAUAAGGUGACAUGCACAUGUACGCGUACACGUACGUGUAUACAUGUACAUUCGUACAAUAAAAGGAGACUCUUAAAUAUUUAUGAUUAAUACCGCGGCCGUUUAACAUUCUGUAACAUAGAGAUAGAACUCGUGCGUUCCCGUGGUACACAUGUACAAAGCUUAAGCCAAUUUUUCUCGUGUGACUGGUCAAGAAUAUGCGGUUAGAGGAGAUGCCAUUACGUUUGAGCUCGGACGAGCGGGAUUUUGAAAUGGACGAGGAAACCGACUAUCUUCUUCAACCUUCCGAAGACAGCAUACGACUCCUGACUUCGAGGAGACGGCGAAUCAACGACUGUUCCCUAUUCUUGAAGAAUUUCUUUUGCGGAUGCUGUACCUGGAUGUGGAGGAGAUGUUGCAGAGAACGAGAAUUAAGAGCAAGAAUUAUUCACAUUGGGCAACCAAUGCAUGAAAAGUUUCCCACUAAUGUCAUACGAAACCAAAAAUAUAAUGUGGUCACAUUUUUGCCCUUGGUUCUUUUUCAACAAUUCAAAUUUUUCCUGAAUCUCUACUUCUUGCUUAUGGCAAUAUCUCAAUUUCUACCGGAUAUCCGGAUAGGAUACUUGUACACGUAUUGGGGACCAUUGUGUUUCGUGUUAACUGUUACCAUUUGUCGAGAAGCGAUAGAUGAUUUCAGACGCUAUAAAAGAGACAAAGAAGUUAACGCGCAAAAAUAUUACAGACUUGUCAAAGGUUUUGAAAUGCCAGAGUUGGUUCCUAGUUCUAAACUGCGAGUAGGCGAUUUGGUAAUCGUUGAAAAAGGUCAAAGGGUCCCAGCUGAUUUGGUCCUAUUGCGCACGACCGAGAAAGCAGGCGCGUGUUUCGUGCGAACCGAUCAGUUAGAUGGAGAAACAGAUUGGAAGUUACGAUUAGCUGUACCGGUAACACAAAAAUUGGAGAGCAACUCCCAACUGUUUGAUAUAAAAGCGAGUAUAUACGUCGAGAAACCGCAAAAGGACAUUCACAGCUUUAUAGGAACGUUCACAAGAUACGAUGGAUACAGCAGUGAAGAAAGUUUAGGUGUAGACAAUACAUUAUGGGCAAACACAGCUAUUGCAUCGGGUUCGGCUCUUGGCGUGGUGGUGUACACAGGACAGGAAACCAGAUCUCUUAUGAACCAUUCAGCACCGCGAUCCAAAGUUGGCUUGUUAGAUAAAGAAAUAAAUCAGUUAACCAAGGUCUUGUUCUGUGCUGUCAUCGGACUUGCGCUAGUAAUGAUGUCCUUAAAGGGUUUCAAUGGACCGUGGUACCGUUAUAUGUUUCGUUUCGUUUUAUUGUUUUCUUACAUAAUACCGAUUAGUUUAAGAGUGAAUUUGGAUAUGGGGAAAGCCUUUUAUGCAUGGUGUAUACAAAGAGACAAAGAGAUUAGUGGAACGGUCGUCAGAACGACCACCAUACCGGAGGAACUUGGUCGUAUUUCAUAUUUGUUAAGCGACAAAACCGGCACAUUGACACAGAACAAAAUGGUUUUCAAGAAAAUACAUCUGGGAAUGAUCUCUUACGGGCAAGAAACAUUCGACGAAGUUACAAACGUGUUGAAAGCAUGCUAUUCUUCCAAUUCGGAAACCUCUCCUAUGAAACCAUCGGCGACCCCGCACAGCGGUAAAGUGAGGAGAUCCGAGAGUACCAGAAUAUACGACGCGGUACACGCUUUGGCAUUGUGUCAUAAUGUAACGCCGGUUUACGAUGAAAUAACCAAAUCGACAAACUUGGAUACAGUCAGCGUGCAAACAGGAGAGACGGAAGAUACUGGUUCUAUUCAAAGUCAAACGGAAGCCGAUCAACAUUACUAUUUACCAGAACAAAAACGAAAUUAUCAAGCUUCCAGUCCGGACGAAGUAGCCUUAGUAAAAUGGACGGAGGAAAUGGGAUUAGCCUUGAUCAAGCGAGACUUGAACUUCAUGCAACUGAAAGCUCCAAAUGGGAAAAUUUUAAAUUAUACAAUCUUACAAAUAUUCCCAUUCACGUCGGAAACCAAACGAAUGGGUAUAAUAGUGAAAGAAGAAUCUAGCUCUGAAAUAAUAUUUUAUUUGAAAGGAGCGGACGUGGUAAUGUCCGGAAUAGUGCAAUAUAACGAUUGGUUGGAAGAAGAAUGCGGUAAUAUGGCUCGCGAGGGUUUAAGGACACUUGUUGUCGCUAAAAAGAAUUUAACUGAGGAACAGUAUGUUGAUUUCGAAGCAAGGUAUUAUGCAGCAAGAUUGAGCGUCAGUAAUCGUGUUUCUCGAAUAGCCGCGGCUAUCGAAAGUUUAGAAAGGGAAAUGGAAUUACUGUGCGUAACUGGAGUCGAGGACAGAUUGCAAGAUAGAGUACGGCCAACGUUAGAACUGUUAAGAAAUGCUGGGAUCAAAAUAUGGAUGCUAACAGGAGACAAGUUAGAAACAGCGACUUGUAUAGCGAAAUCUUCAUGUUUGGUUUCACGAACCCAAGGUCUUCACGUUUUCAAAUCGGUAGUAACUCGAACGGAUGCACAUUUGGAAUUAAACACAUUUCGCAAAAAGCAAGACUGUGCCUUAGUAAUCAGCGGCGAUUCUCUGGAAGUAUGUUUACAAUAUUACGAGCAAGAAUUUUUGGAAUUGGCAUGCGGUUCGCCCGCCGUAGUCUGCUGUCGAUGUUCCCCGACGCAAAAGGCUGAUGUGGUUAGUCUUAUUCAAAGACAUACCGAAAAAAGAACCGCAGCUGUUGGGGACGGCGGAAACGAUGUGUCUAUGAUACAGGCUGCAGACGCUGGUAUAGGUCUUGAAGGUCUUGAAGGAAGACAGGCUUCUUUAGCCGCGGAUUUCUCUAUUUCCCAGUUUAGUCACUUAGCUAAUCUGUUACUGGUACACGGACGAAGAAGUUACAAACGCUCCGCUGCUUUAAGCCAAUUUGUUAUUCAUCGAGGCUUAAUCAUUUCAACUAUGCAAGCUGUAUUUUCUGCGGUCUUUUAUUUAUCGUCAGUAUCCUUGUAUCAGGGAUUUUUAAUGGUGGGGUACGGAACAAUAUAUACGAUGUUUCCAGUGUUUUCUUUGGUUUUGGAUAAAGACGUGUCUGGAAGAAUUGCGCUCACCUAUCCAGAGUUAUAUAAAGAACUUAGUAAAGGACGAUCAUUGUCCUACAAGACAUUUUUCAUGUGGAUUUUAAUAAGCAUAUAUCAAGGAGGAGUUAUAAUGUAUGGAGCACUUAUAAUGUUCGAAGAUGAAUUUAUCCACAUAGUGGCCAUCAGUUUUACAGCGCUCGUUUUAACGGAAUUAAUUAUGGUAGCUUUGACGAUCAGAACAUGGCAUUACAUUAUGAUACUUGCAGAGAUUUUCUCCUUGGCGCUUUAUCUGUUAUCUCUAGUCGUUCUAAAGGACUACUUUGAUGCCGAGUUCAUCAAGACAACAGACUUCUUGUGGAAAGUAUUGUUAAUAACUUUAAUUUCGUGCAUGCCGUUGUACAUUUUGAAAUUCUUACGAAAAAAAUUUUCGCCUCCUAGUUAUACGAAAUUAUCUUAAGUUCUGCGUACAGAAAUCGUAUUUUCUUAAAGUCACUCAUACGGAGAGUUAUAUACGUGUCUGUUUUUGUAUUCGUAUCCUCGAAACGAGAUAAUACAAAAACGAAAUUAUCAGUUGCGAUUUCAGAUUUCCUAUUUCCGAUUCCUGAUCCGAGUCCGUUGCUCAGUAUCAUUCAAGUGAACUUCCAAUCUGCAAAUAUUCUCAGUAUUUUUCUAACUACCCUAAGUCUAAUCGAUUAACAAAGAUUCUACAACUUGAAUGAGAAAACGUAAUUGUGAAAACAACUUUCGAAUUUUUUGUAUAUCGGUACACUACUGAGCGUUUCGACUGGACCAAAUCGAUGAAUCUAAUAACAUUCACUUUUCUUCGUAUUUCUUAUUAACGAACUACAUUAUUCCAUUACUUUAUUAAAGAACAAAUUUAUUGUAAAAUGUUCUCUAUUUAUUCAGUUUUCGCUUAAAGUGUAUUGAAAUUUUUAUAACUGUAAAUAGAACCUCCGAUCUUGAUUUCAUACCUUUUAGUUGCAUACUUCGCUAAUCCUCGUUUAUAAAAACGAUAAAGAUUUUAUCUUCCUUAAAAUGUGUUUGUGCAUUUAAUUCAGUUUCAUACAAUAUUUCCAUCUAUUUUCGAUCAUACCAUUUACAGUAUUGUUUUAUGUUAAGUUUACAGAGUCAAAGCAUCAACAAAGCGAGAGAAAUGGUAUCAUAGACGAUAUACUUUUCUUAGAUGAAUAUUAUUUGACCUAAUCACAUAUUUGUAAUUAAUUUAUGUGCAAAUAAAACAAUAUAUUGCUUCGUCUGA